CUUUUAAUUAAUAUAUUUUUAAUAUCGACAAACCUCUAUUUUCUUGAUGGAUGUUGAAAUAGACUUUUAUCAAGCAAGAAACCUGUUUUAUCAGGGCUGUUUUAAUCUUAUUGUUGAAAAAGACUUAGAAGAAAAUGAAGAAGCUCGUAUCUUAAAGAAACGAGCACAACGAAUGUUGGGUAAAGGUAAUGAGAUUCUAUGGGUACUUAAAAAUGAGACAACGCCUGAGUCUUUGGCAUUACGUGGAUGGAUAAUGUAUGAAGAAGGAGAUAAAGAGCAAGGAAUAUCAGAGAUCCGAUCAUGUAUUUCAAUGUCACCGAGAAAUUCAACAGUACAAAUUUUGGGUGGACAUGUAUUAUAUCGUGAAGAACAAUAUGAAGAAGCACUAGAGCUUUUAAAAGGGCAUUCAGAGAACGUGGAAGCAGUAGCAUUGAUAGUACAAAUUCUUCUUAAGGAAAAUCGGUUAAAGGCAGCACAAAAAGAGAUAGAAAUAGCUAGGAAAUGGGCCCCGGAUGAUGUAAUAAUUCAGUUAUCAGAAGCAUGGAUUGAUUUAUAUAAAGGUGGACAAGCAGCGCUAAAUUCAUUUUAUAUCUAUGAGGAAUUGGCACAAACCAUUCCUAAUCCAUUGACUUUAACAGGACAAGCAGUAGCGGAAUUACAGUUAGGAAGACUAGAAGAAGCAGAGGAAACAUUGGCACAAGUAUUAACAUUGGCACCAUAUGAUGGAGAUGCAUUAGCAAAUUCAAUUGUAACAGCAACACUACUUGGAAAAGAUACUUCUACAUAUAUAGAGUUGUUGACAUUACACCAUCCAUCACAUGAAUGGGUAACAUCGAUGACACGUCAGUCGACAUUAUUUGAUGAAUUAUGUGAAUCUAUUUCAGAUACUUAAAAAUCUUGGAUUUAUGUUGAAAAAAUGAGAAAAAGGCUUCUAAA